AUGUCACUCGACAUUUCCUUGCCGGACCAUCCCUUUGACCUUGUUUUUCACUCAGAAAAGGCUGUAGUCUUUACUUGUCUUCUAUCAGGUCGCGUUCUCGCAUAUGCUUACGAUGACUACGGAAACUCAAAAAAGCUUUGGUCGAGUCGACCGUUCAAAAAGUCCUGCAGAUGUUUGGACAUUACUCUCGACGGCCGAACAAUAUGGUGCGGUGGAAAGGGGAAGGCUUUAGCGGCGAUUGAUACUACAUCAGGCCAAGUGACGGACAAAAGAGUCGGAAGCCACAACGCCUCAAUUAACCGUAUCAAGGUCCUAACAGACCAUUUGUUCGCCACUGGCGAUGAUGACGGCGUCAUCAAGAUUUGGGACCAAAGAAAAAAUGAAUCUAUAAGGUCUUAUAAUCACCACUUCGAUUAUAUCACAGAUUUCCUUUGGCUCAAUAGCAAGAAGCAGCUGGUCACGACUAGCGGUGAUGGGACACUGUCUGUCAUAGAUGUACGUUCAAAGCAAACUAAACCCGUGGCGCAAUCCGAGGAUCAAGAGGACGAACUUCUAUCUAUCAUUCCUAUCAUAGGCGAAACUAAAUUCGUAGUUGGGACACAACUUGGAAUAUUAUCCAUCUUCAAUCGUAGUGCCGGAUGGGGAGACUGCGUAGACAGAUCUGUGGACACCCUUCUUGCACUCCCUGCUCCGUUUCGGAAUAACAAGGGGUCUGCUAUUCUUACGGGCUCAUCUGAUGGAUUUAUACGCGCAGUUGAGAUUCUUCCUACCAAAUUACUGGGAGUUGUUGCGGAUCAUGGGGACUUUCCAGUGGAAAAAAUGGCAUUAGGGAGAGGCGGUGGUCAGCCACUCGGAGACUCAGUGCCCGCGCGAUCAGGGCUCAGCACAACAUCUGGCGAUUCAGACGGCCCUGAAGUCGAGCGCUCACAUGGCACCCCUACAGAGCAUUGGUGGCUGGGUAGCAUUGGCUACGACGAUUCCCUAAAGUUGACCGACCUCGGGCGAUUCUUUGCUGAGAUUGACGGAAAGCAAGCCGAAGAGUUGAUGGGAACGUCCGCUCCUAUGGGCGAUGAUGAUGGGAAUGCUCGUGAAGAAGAGUCACCGGAGGUCCAUACUCCUAUGGAUGAGAAGGUUAGUAACGAAGACGGAAAUAGCGAUCAUAGCUCAGGCGAAGAGUUCGCUUCUGCGCCCAAGAAACGCAAACGACUACAGAAGGACCCCUUGAUCGUGAAAAAGAAGAUUGGACGCAAUCAGCUAAACGUAGAGGGCGCUUUCUUUGCGGAAUUAUAG